GCGGCCGCAUGCGGACGUCGGUCGGAGCGAACGCAUAAAUAAAAGGCAAAGGCGAGAGCGAGAGAAUCGCCAAGAAUCUGAAAAUCGUUUUUCGAAAAGCAAAAAUAAAGACCCAAAAGCUAAACACACUCAGAAUUGAGUUCGUAUUCGUAUUCGAUGUGCAUGUGAAAAGUGAAAAGUGAAAAUGAAAAUGAGCAUUGGGCAUGGUUUUCCUUGACGUUCGGUUGUGGUGUUUGUUGUAAAGCGGAAAAUCAAAUCAAAAAUCCAAAAAAAAUAUAUAUAUAUAUAUACAUAAAUAUAUAUACGAAAAAGAAAGGCAAUUUUAGCCAGCCUGUUGAGUCCGGUUAACACUACAAACGGCCCAGUUAACAAUGUCGGCCAAAACGUCACCGUCCAAUUCGCGGGAUGGCAAUGUGACGGCUGCUGCCAGCGUUGUGCCACCAAAUGUGGCAAGCGGCGUUGUUCAGAUCAAAAAGGAGCUGCCCAGCGACGAGAUAAAGGAAUUCGCGCAGCACACCAUGAACGAGCUGCUCGGCUGGUAUGGCUUCGAUGGCGUCGAUGUGGAUCGCCUGGAUCUAACCGCCAAGACGUCGCGUUUGCUGCAAAGCGCCGCAGCUGUCGCGGCGGCAACGCAGCAUCAGCAGCAGCAGCAGCAGCAGCAACAACAGCAGCAGCAGCAGCAGCGCAGUCACAUGCGCAGCAGUCGCAGCAGCGCUCUGGCAGCAGCUUAUCACAACAACAAUAAUAACAACAGCAACAGCAACAGCAACAACAUCAUCAACAGCAAUCGCAAAGCGAGCAAUUUGAACUGUCACAGCAAUACAACAACACCCUCAGAUCAUGACACACGCAGCUCACGCGAGGAUGACUCCAAGAGUCCGCACUCAAUCGGCAAGCCGUCUGCCACAGCCCUGACGACGCCGCACAGCGAGGAGAAAAUAGACUACAACAACUGCUGCUGGUGCCAUCGGCCGAUCGCUGAGAAUGCGCCGGAUUAUCUAACCAGCACGGAUGGACCGCGUUACUGCUCCGAGUCCUGUUUCACGCAGAGCCGUCGGGCGUCCUUCAAGAAGGCGAAAACCUGCGACUGGUGCAAGCAUGUGCGGCACGCGGUCAGCUAUGUGGACUUCCAGGAUGGUGCCUCGCAGCUGCAGUUCUGCUCGGAGAAGUGUCUCAAUCAGUACAAGAUGCAGAUAUUCUGCAACGAGACGCAGGCGCAUCUGGACAUGAAUCCGCAUCUGCGCGAUCAGGGUCUGGAGGCUGCCGCCGCUGGCGACGGAGCGGGUCUCAUCACGCCCGAUCUCUGGCUGCGCAACUGUCGCAGUCGGUCUGCCUCGCCUGCGUCCACCAUUUCGGUGUCGCCCGGACCGGCGGCAGUCUGCAUUGCGAAUGCCUCCAAGCGCAGCUCGCCCUGCAACACACCGCCGAGCCAUCCAAACAAACCUCUGAUCUCAGUGGCGCCCAUAUCCAAAUUGUCGGCGCAAAAGAGCCCCGCUAGCUCCUCAAUUUCAACUGGUGCUCCGCCGCCGCCGCUGCCACAGCUGCAGCGGCACCACGUUCACGCUGGACCCAAGCCGGGCCGGCGCAAGCGUCCGCAUCGCGCUGCCGGAGCUGCUGGCUCCGAAACGGUCGCUAGUUUGCUGCAGAAACAGCAGCAGCAACAGCAGCCGGCGCCGUUAAGCGCGGACUUUGCCGGCUCCAGUGUGCCGCUGCCCCCGCUGUCGCCCAUGCCGGACCAGCAGCAGCCGCAGCCGCAGCAUCAACAGCAUCCACCGCAGCAUCCGCCGCCCCAGUUGCCACAGCCAAUGGGCCGCCCACCGACCGGCAUACCGGGCGGUUACUUUGCCACGCCGCCCAACGGCAUGCUGGGUCAUCCAUUUGGUGCUCGAGCAGCGCCACCGCCGCCGCAUCCCUUCCUGCCGCCACCGCCGGGCAUGCUGCCGCGUGGAUUUGGCGCACACUUCGGACUGCCGCCGCCGCCGCAGCUGCAGCCACAGCUGCAGCCGGAGUUGCAGGGCGCCCUGGGCGCACUACUGGGCGCUGCGCCACCCGUCACUGUGAUGGUGCCCUAUCCAAUUAUAAUACCGCUGCCCAUACCCAUACCAGUGCCAUUGCCCAUUGUGGACUUCUACAAGGCGUAUCUGACGCCCGAACAGAGGAAGCGCUACGAUGAGGAACGCGUUGCGGCACAGAGCACGAGCAGAGCAGAGGAGCAGCCACAACCGCUGGACUGCAGCAAGUCCAAGACAGAGCAGGAACUGGAACCGGACCAGCAGCAGCAGCAGCAGCAACAACAGGAGGAGCAGCAGCAGCAGCAGCAGGAGCCGGAGCAGGAGCAGCAACCGCAGCUGGAGGAGAACGUGGAGGAGGAAGAGAUGAAAUCCAUACCAAAGACAAAGCCAGCUGGAACGACACCGUCGCCAGCAACAUCGCCCACCACAGACUCGCCGGACGCCACGCAAGAGGCGACGCACUGCAUCGUGGUGCACAACGUGGAGCCGGCGGCAGUCGACGCCAAUGAUAGUGCCUCAGCCGAGCUGGAGACACAGAAACUGCCCAAGCUAAAGAUUACACGCCUGCAAACCAAACGCACGCUCAUCCAAACCAAAGAGACGGCCACGCCCACAUCUCCCACAGCUGGCAGCGGCGGUGGCAGCGGCAGCGGCAGCUGCAGCGGCAGCAACUGCGCUGCGGCAGCGGAAAGCACGCGGCCCUUGCGCAAGCGUAAAAGGAUUAUUGAUUGUGAUUUUCAGAAGAUUGCGCUGAGGGAGCUGGAAACAUUUGAUGCGCACAAUAACAACAGCAAUAGCAACAGCAACAGUAGCAGCAACAACAAUAACAUCAACAACAACAGUAGCAGCAACAAUAACAGCAAGGACGAAGAGGAAGCGUGCAAUAUGAACAGCAACAACAGUGCUAAAGCAAAAAAGUAGUGAAUAGGCAUUAACAUAAAAGUGUAGUAGAAAUAGUAGUAGCCCUUAUUAAAUAUUAGCUCAUAUUAUGGAAGUGUGCGUGCUGACUUAAAUAAACAUAAUUAAAAUUAUAAUUUUAAUUUUAAUAAACUGUAGUAGCACAUAGUGCGGGCAAAAUCAGAAUUUAACUGAAUGAA